AUGGCCGCCAGCUUUGGGGAGAGGGCCUUGGCCGAGGUGCACCAGGAAGGGCUCGAUCAGCUACUCGAUGAAUUGAUCCAGUUCUAUCCAGCUUCAGCUAACAAGCAAUUGCUGUUGGGCGUGCCGGUCAUUGAUACAUUAUUGGAAGUGUUCAUGCCAAGAACGUCGAGUGUGUCGACAGACACAGAACGGAAACCACCAAAUGCCGCAUUAGAUGAACAGAUCAUCACAGAAGACGAGGAAGUCCUUCUGCGCUGCAGUCAGGAUGACCGGGCCAUUGCGGCUGAAGAUUUGUCCGAAUCAGAGUUCCCAUCAACCGUGCCAUCUCUGGGCGCAACCACCAGAGUCAAGAGACCAAGUCCAGUUGUAGAGAUCGCCAGCAGUCUAUCGGGAUCUGGCAAGACACAGCUUCUAUACUAUAUCGUCGCACGGGCAAUCUUGCCGAGAAAAAUCCUCAACGUCACGAUUGGAGGACUCGAGACUGCCGUGGUCUGGAUCGAUGCGGACCACCGGCUCGAUGUCUACAGACUGCGGCUGGUGGCCCAAGGGAUUCUGCGGGAUGCCUGGAAGACCGCAGGGACAGAGAUAGGGACCGUGGAAAUCACCGAUCCAAGCGUCAAUGAUGUAUUGACGUCGUGUCUCCAGCAAGUGCACGUCUUCCGUCCACAGUCGUCUUCGGCGCUUUUGGCGACGCUCGCCCAGCUCGAGUAUUACCUAUAUGAUCUCUCACAACACUGUUCAGCGUCGAGGCCACUACAUAUGAUCGCUAUUGACAGUGCCACGGCUUUCUUGUGGCAAGACAAGCUGCGGGACGAGAUCGCUCGAACAGACGAGAUCGGGCGAUCUCAUCCAGAAAUCGAGGCACGACGCGAGCAGAAGCUGAGCUUCUACUUUUCGGAUCUGUAUACGAAUCUUGUUACCGAACUCAAGCGCCUGCAGAAACUUUUUGGCUGCGCUGUUGUUUACACCACUACUGUCUCGGGCGGUCGUUCCACUGCCUCAGUCAGCGAUGGACCAUCCGGUCCUUACGAUCGUCCAUCUAGUCAAACUCCCUCUUUACGGCCCGCUUUACCUGCGCCCUGGGGUUUAUUCCCGACGCUAAGACUGGUCGUCCACCGCGAUCCCGUUCGUCCUUUUCCUGCAGCCAUGAGUGCACAUGAUGCCAGACGAGAGGCCUCCAUGCGUCAAGAUGUGGUUCAACGGGGGCGAUUCUCAGCCUGUGUCAAUGCUUGGGGCCAGGAAGACUGGCCCCGUCGAGUGGCGGACAGCGUGCACUGGCACAAUCGUGGAUGGUUUUCCUUCUAUGUGCGAGCAAGUGGGAUUGAGAUCAUUUCGCUGGAUGAACCAUCAUGA